CCACAGUAUCUGCAUCUGUCGACGAGCCUCCCGAUGGUGGUUUCACGGCGUGGUCUCAGACCGUACCCGCCCACAUCGCCAAUAUGUUGUCGUGGGGGUAUGGAACCGGAUUCGCCGUCUUCCAGCUGUAUUACAAACAACACAUGCAUUGGCCCGCCUCUCAAGUAUCUUGGAUAGGCUCCAUCCAGAUUUUCCUAUGUUUUCUCAUAGGGAUGGUGUCCGGUCGCCUCGCAGAUGCUGGCUAUUCGAAACACCUGUAUGCUGGUGGGGCUAUCAUCCUUAUCUUCGGCAUGUUCAUGACGAGCUUGGCGACCACGUAUUGGCAAUUCUUGCUCGCACAAGGAUUUUGUAGCGGCAUUGGCGGCGGUUUGAUGUUCAUGCCAGCCACUGCGAAUGUCGCUACAUACUUCAAAAAGAGACGUUCGCUUGCUAUGGCCAUAAACGGAUGCGGAUCCAGCACAGGCGCCAUAUUGUUCCCGGCUGUAAUACAGUUCCUAACACCCCGGCUCGGUUUUGCGUGGACCGUAAGGGUCUGCGGGUUCAUAGCCUCGGGGUUGGCUAUCAUCGGAUUCUUCUGUUUGAAGCCAAGGGAUCUUCGGAGGGUCCCCGCACCAUUCCUUGACUUGAAGGCCUUCAAGAACCCCGAUUACACCGUGUUCACCUUGGGCGCGUUCUUCAUAUACUUCUCCCUGUUUACAAUGUUAAUAUAUAUAAACUCCUUCGCCCGUGAGAGUGUUGGGCUAAGCGAUAUAGAAUCCGUUAAUUUCAUACUUAUUACGAACACGGUCGCUAUCCCGGCACGACCUAUAUUUGGAUAUAUUGCUGAUCGCUAUGUCGGGCCCGUUUAUACCUUCGGCUUGAAUUGCAUUGCUUUGGGAGUCAUGGCAUUCGGUUGGAUGGGCGUCCACAGAAGAGCAGAUAUGUACGCCUACUCUGUAAUCAUGGGUUUCGUGAAUGGUGCUGCUCAAGGUAUCUUCUCAAGUGCUGCUAGUAAUUCCGUCAAGGAUGUAAGGAAAAUGGGAACAUGGAUAGGUAUGGUGUUCGCUAUCUGUGGAUUUGCUACCCUAGCUGGUCCGCCGACUAUGGGAGCCAUCAUCGAUGCCAGCGGAGGCAAAUAUAUAUGGGGCCAGCUUUGGGUCGGAUUAACGAUCGUUAUUGGCGGUUCGUUAAUCAUCCUUUCGCCUAGGCUCGAGGUGAAAAAGACUGGAAGGAUAGGCCUGGUCUAAUGAAAACGAACUGGUAGCAUGUUUACGGUGGUUGGUCGCAAUGGUAGGGAAACGCGAGUCUGGCCAUCUUUCAGCAACGCGAAAGACAAUUUAGAGUGGAAUAGACGUAAUAAUUAAUGGCAGAAUGGGAGUUGAGAUAACACCUUGAUUCGUUGUCCGAGGCACCUGAGGCAACCUACGAUGCAUGAAUUGUGUUCGCCCAUUGGGGAUUUCUCCCUCGUUCUCUGGGAGUGGCGAUUUCCGAGGAAAAAAUUCUUCCAGCUAGGCUUCUGAUUCUCAGUGGAAAUUUCGAUGGGCUUGGACGAAUUGGCGUCGCAUUUGGAAGUUUCGAAACAUGUAAAGUUAAGGAAACUUCAUAGCUCGGAGGUAAACCUCGGUGCUUGGCGUAGAAAGUUGUGGCUGAGGUACCUCAGCCA